ACGUACACAGAAGUGUAGGGAAGUACCAGGAAGUAAAGUGUGUUUCGAGAUCAGUCAUUUUGCUAAGCAUUCCAAGCCUAAAGGAUUUAUCAGGUUGAUUUAUUUGUAACUAAUGUUUUCAAGAAAGAAUGGCGACAGAGUUAAUGUCAGAACUGGAAACUGACCUUAACCAGAACAGUUCCACAAUGAAUAAUCUUUUUAUCGAUCAGGGUGGCGAGUGGGAUUAUAGCCUGUUUGAUGAGCUGGGAGAUUUGGGAGAUGCAGAAGAGCUGCUACAGUCGUUGGCUCAUGAGUCAUUUGUGUAUAAUGAUGCAGGCCUUGAUCUUGAUAUUGAUUUUGUGCCCUACGAUGAGACUAGCAGUAGCUGCACAGAUUGGGAGAGGGUAGCUGGCUCCCUCUCCCCGACCACGACAAUCAGUUCAGUCCCUUCUCCUUCCUCUGUGGACACUCUCUCACCAUACAGUGUACCUGAAGAGUUCAACAUCUCUUCUCAGUCUCAGCUGUCUCCUGUAUCCCUAUGUUCAGACACCAGCAGCUCGGAUCCGAAGGUAGAAAAUAAAGCCUGGAGGAAGUCUGCCACAGGAAAAUACUCUUCAAAUCCACCAAAGCGCCCCAUUCAGUUGAAACCAAAGAUUUCUAUUCAGCCUAAGCCAGUAAUCACAGCCGUUCCCUUUGCUCAUAACACUGGCACUAUUCCAGCUAAAACAAUUCUAAUCCAGCCUCUUCAGACUGUGCUGCCUGUGUCGAAGCAGCAACCGGUCACCAUUCAACCAGCACUUCCUGGUGGGCGACCACUCAUGUUGCAUCAGCCAACCCAAGUGGUGCAGCAGAUCCUGACCACACGGCAAGUUGUAACCAUCACUGAUGAGGUCAUCACUCUCCCCAAUCACCCUGGAGAUGGACUGACUACCACCGGAAACGCUGCACUCCCCACUAUCAUCCAGAACCAGCCCAUCUCUGUGGGUCACUGCCAGACCGGAGCUGCUGACGGAGAAAAUGUGUUGAGGAGGCAGCAGCGUAUUCUCAAAAACCGUGAAUCUGCUUCUCAAUCGAGAAAAAAGAAAAAGGAAUAUCUGCUCACCCUGGAGGCCAGGUUGAAGGUGGCUCUGUCUGAAAACGAGAAACUGAAGAAUGAAAAUGGUUCCCUGAAAAAACGGCUUGAUGGGCUUUCAUCAGAGAACCAGAUCCUUAAGAUCACAGCACCAAAAAGAAGGUCUGUUUGUGUCCUGGUGGUCUUGGCAUUCAUAAUGCUGAACAGUGGCCCAUUGAGUUUAUUUCAGCAAGAUCCAAGCACCAAGAUCUCCAGUGCAGUACACAACAGCAGACAUCUGCUUGAAUUCUCAACUGAAAAUAAGGAUAACAUGGCGCAGGAAACACCUGAAUUUCUCAUUCCACUAACCCCUGACAGAUCUGACAGCUCAGCCUUGGAUCAGAAGGCCUUGAUGGUGGUGAAGGAGGAGCCUAUGUUGUAUUUUCCAUCUCCCUUGUGUCAGCCUCAUGUCAACAGGACCAAGUCUAUCAGGUUAGCUCAUGAGCUACGUGGCUGGGUUCAUAGACAUGAAGUUGAAAGGACAAAAUCCAGAAGGAUGACAAACAGUCACCACAAAGCAAGAAGCAUGCAGAAAUCUCAGGAUAAAAAGGCUGAUGUUGCCCAGAUUGUGACAGUCCAGUACACUGAUACAACUGACAAGAACUCAGGGAGUGAAUUACAGGUAUAUUAUGCCGCACACCGCAGUUACCAGGAUUUCUUUGAUGAGAUUCAUAGAAGAGGGGACACCUUUUAUGUCGUUUCAUUUCGGAGGGAUCAUCUCCUUUUGCCUGCUACUAGCCAUAACAAGGGAAGAAGACCGAAGAUGUCCCUAGUUCUGCCAGCUAACGUGAAUGAAAGUCUAAUAAAGAACGAGGACUAUGAAGUCAUGAUGCAGAUAGACUGUGAGGUCAUGGAUACCAAGAUUCUCCACAUCAAGACCUCCUCUAUCCCACCAAUCCUGCGGGAUCCACGGGACAAUCGCACCAACUCCUUCUACCACUCGACCUCAGCCAGCAACCAGGCCACUCCAGUUGGAGUUAUUGCUGAAUCUAUGAAAUAAGAACUAGAAACAGGCAUGCUGUCAACAAUUUAGUAGACUUAGAUAUUGUUUCCUUCUUCAUCAGUUUGUCUGAGUUGAUAUAUUUAUUUGUGCUUGCCAGCUUUGCUGUUUUUAUUGCAGUUCAUUGAUCAUUGUUGGCAUUAUUAUUGGUGUCAGUGUGUAAUUUUUAAUGCCCUUCUGUUAAGCUUCUGAAGUGCCUUCUCUUGACAGUUCCCUGUGGUCUCCCCUCUUUGUUUCUUUUAUUUUAGUUUCUGUUGCUGCAGUAAUUUAUAUAACAGGGUUUCACCCCUAAUAUACUAAACAGUAGAAAAAUACAUGAAAGGGCAACAACCCAACAUGCUCACCUGUGUGAUUAAUUUCUUCAUCUCCUUAUCCCUUUGUCUUCACAAUCUCAAACACGUCCUGUUCUCUACAGUAACUAUUCCGUUCCAUUUUUUUCUGUCUAUUACCUGUUUUUGUGGAAUAGUUCCUUCUC